CGGUCUGUAAAGCAAUUUAUCUUACACUGCUACACAGAAGACAGCAUCUUGUUGACAUUUCCGUUUUAACCGAAGCCCUCACAAUGAGUCUUAAAAAAGAGGAUGUUGCAGAGUUUUUGAAAAAUAAUCCUGCUUUUACAGAAAGAUACUUUAAAAAGAAGCUUGCGCCAGAAACUAUAGCCAGUGCAUUUGGUCGUAAAGAUGUUGCUGUUGAUUUUGCAACGUUCCAGGAACUCGUCCAGGUAGAAGAGAGUGAGAUUCUCUUCGAACUCAUUAAAGACAUGCAAGAAAGUAUAAACAUGGAGAAAGUCGUAUUCAAGACUUUAAGGAGAAUAAGCUUUCUUAUUCACGCCGAUCGUUGCAGUCUCUUUAUGUACAGACAAAGAAACGGCACUCCCGAGUUGGCCACAAGACUAUUUAAUGUCCACAAAAACAGUAAGCUGGAAGAAUGCCUUGUUCCACCUGACAGCGAAAUUGUCUUUCCUUUGGAUAUUGGCGUGGUAGGACAUGUUGCUCACACCAAGAAAACAAUUAAUAUCAAGGAUGUUAAUGAGAACCCAGCAUAUAGCAGAUUUGCAGAUGAAGUUACAGAAUACGCAACGAAGAGUAUCCUUGCUACACCUAUCAUGAAUGGUAAAGAUGUAGUUGCUGUUAUAAUGGCAGUCAAUAAAGUGAACGGCCCAUAUUUCACUCAACAUGAUGAAGAUGUGUUUUUGAAGUAUUUGAAUUUUGCCUCCUUAAAUUUGAAAAUUUACCACUUGAACUACCUGCAUAAUUGUGAGACUCGACGCGGCCAGGUACUGCUAUGGUCAGCAAACAAAGUGUUUGAAGAGCUGACAGACAUUGAACGACAGUUUCACAAGGCCUUCUAUACAGUCAGAGCCUAUUUAAACUGUGAUAGGUACUCUGUUGGCCUUCUGGAUAUGACAAAGGACAAGGAAUUUUUUGAUCUGUGGCCUGUUCUAAUGGGAGAAGUUCCUCCUUAUUCUGGACCUCGGACUCCAGAUGGAAGGGAAAUUGUCUUUUACAAGGUCAUUGAUUACAUCUUACAUGGAAAAGAGGAUAUUAAAGUCAUACCGAAUCCACCUGCAGAUCACUGGGCUUUAGUCAGUGGUCUUCCAACCUACGUAGCAGAAAGUGGCUUUAUUUGCAACAUUAUGAAUGCAGCUGCUGAUGAAAUGUUCAAGUUUCAGAAAGAACCACUGGAUGAAAGUGGCUGGGUAAUUAAGAAUGUCUUAUCAAUGCCAAUAGUCAAUAAAAAAGAAGAAAUUGUUGGUAUUGCCACUUUUUACAACAGAAAAGAUGGAAAACCUUUUGAUGAACAAGAUGAAACACUUAUGGAGUCUUUGACUCAAUUCCUCGGCUGGUCUGUACUGAACACAGACACCUACGAUAAGAUGAAUAAACUCGAGAACCGCAAGGAUAUCGCUCAGGAUAUGGUGAUGUACCACGUCAAGUGCAGCAAGGAUGAAAUGCAGGACAUUGUGCCAACGCGCGAAAAGCUUGGGAAGGAGUUUGAACAGUGUGAUGAGGAUGAGAUUGGGAAACUUCUUAAAAAAGAACUACCUGGACCCCAAAAAUUUGAAAUUUAUGAAUUCCGAUUCUCUGACUUUGACUGCACUGAAUUAGAUCUUGUGAAAUGUGGAAUCCAAAUGUAUUACGAGCUUGGAGUUGUAAAAAAGUUCCAGAUCCCACCAGAAGCUCUUAUAAGGUUUAUGUAUGCAAUGAAGAAAGGAUACCGAAAAGUCACCUACCAUAAUUGGCGUCAUGGGUUCAAUGUUGCCCAAACAAUGUUUACUCUUCUAAUGACUGGGAAACUGAAACGCUACUACACCGACCUUGAAGCAAUGGCUAUGGUCACGGCAGGAUUUUGCCAUGAUAUUGACCACCGAGGAACAAACAAUCUUUACCAAAUGAAAUCUCAGCAUCCUUUGGCAAGACUUCAUGGAUCUUCAAUUCUGGAGAGGCACCAUCUGGAGUUUGGAAAGUUCUUACUAGCCGAUGAGACAAUGAAUAUAUACCAAAACCUAAACAGAAGACAACACGAACUUGUCAUCCAUCUUAUGGAUAUCGCUAUCAUAGCAACAGAUCUGGCACUUUAUUUCAAAAAAAGAACAAUGUUUCAGAAAAUUGUUGACCAGUCCAAAACAUAUGAUGAUGUCCAGAAGUGGACUGACUAUUUAUCUCUUGAAACAACGAGGAAAGAAAUAAUCAUGGCCAUGAUGAUGACUGCUUGCGACUUAUCUGCUAUCACUAAACCUUGGGAAGUCCAGAGCAAGGUUGCUCUACUAGUAGCAGCCGAGUUUUGGGAGCAGGGAGACUUGGAGAGGACAGUACUCCAGCAACAGCCAAUUCCAAUGAUGGACAGAAAUAAGUCAGCAGAACUGCCGAAACUCCAGUGCGGUUUUAUUGAUUUUGUAUGCACAUUUGUAUACAAGGAAUUUUCACGCUUUCAUGAAGAAAUUCAGCCUAUGUUGGAUGGUCUGAUGAACAACAAAAAGGAGUGGAAAGCUCUAGCAGAUGAGUAUGAGGCCAAAAUGAAAGCAAUUGAAGAUGAGAAGAAGAAAAAGGAAGAGGAGAUUGCUGCAAAAAAAGCGGCUGCUGCAGGUACUGGUCAGACUACUGCCAAAUCUUCAACAUGUGUGAUAUGUUAAUAAAAUGAUUAACUAUUACUUUACACAGAUGCUCUGUGGAAAAAGCAUUUAUGUUAUGCCAUUUUAAAACCAGAUUACUGCUUAAAAGAAGACAGAUUAAUAUUAUGCGUACCAUACGCAGCUACAUUAACAUUGGGUAUU